AUGUAAUCACUCACUUAUCCACUCAGUCCAGCCACCACACCACCAUCAUCAUCAGCAUGUUCCCAGCUACUCCUCUUAUCGGCAGAUUGCGACCAUCCACAAACAGACUCACACUCAGAUCCAUCAGUCCAGUUCACCACCACCACCACCAACCGAAGACCGAUCAGCACGCAAGAUCAGGAGGAGGAGGAGGAGGAGGAAGAAGAAUCAGGAUGAGCUCGACAGUGACCGAGAUCACCCGGCACCAACAAUACCAUUCAGCGGGGCUAGAGGAGCAAGACCUAGAGGGAGCGGAGCCGCUGGAGCUAUUCAAGCGAUGGUUCGAGGACGCCCAACGGUCCGGGCUGGUGGAGGAGCCUGAAGCGAUGUGUCUUUCGACGGCGCUUCCGACGGGAGAAGUGUCGAGUCGGUUUGUGCUACUCAAGAAGAUCGAGCCGGCCGCCGGGCUGGUCUUCUUCACCAACUACGACUCCCGAAAGGCCCAGGAAAUUCGGCGAAACGCGCACGUCUCGGCGGCCUUCUAUUGGGGCCCAUUGCAUCAACAGAUCCGGAUCUGUGGGAAGGCCGAGAAGAUCCCCGAAGAGGAGUCCCAGAGAUACUUCGACGGUCGGCCCUUGGGCUCCCGCAUCGGCGCCUGGGCGUCCCCCCAAUCAUCCCCGCUCGAGUCCCGCGCCCACUUGCUCGAUCUCGUCGCCAGUCACGAAGCCCGUUUCGAGCUCCAGCCCGGAUCCAUCGACCGUCACCCGCCCUCCCAACAAGACCUCCACACCCUCAUCCCGCGUCCCGAUUAUUGGGGCGGAUUCAGAAUCAUCCCUAACGAGAUCGAGUUCUGGGUCGGCAGACCUAACCGCUUGCAUGACCGAUUCGUCUUCAAAAGGUCCUUGGACGGGCUGGCUCCUUCUUCCCCCUGGACCCGGCAACGCUUGGCUCCUUGAUUCAUCCUCUCUCUCUGUCUAUUCCUCAUACACAAGUAGAAUUACAUUCAUGACUUCUACGACUGACUGUGUCUUAGAUGUAUCAUAUAGUGCAAAUCCAUCUACAUAUAAAGUAAUUAUCAAAACUAAAAAAGGGGAAUGUGCAGGAGAAAUCUGGGCAUGUAUGUGUUGGACAUAGGACCGCACUGAUGUUUCCAAUCGGACAAGCACUCACAUUGACCCACUCGAAUUCCGACUCUUGUUCUCUCUCCAAUCCUCGCAAAAAAAACAAAGCAACACCCACCUUCCCGUUAUUCUGCUUGACUGUACAUGAGGCUUUGCGCUUGUAUAUACUGCACAGAAGUUAUUAUGUUAACUUCCCCAUACAUUAUAGGUUAUUCUCGAUCAAUCUGAAUAAGGAAACAAGACAAAAGAAGGAAAGAAAGGUUGAUCGGAUGUAGGAUAAUGAUGAUGAUGAUGAUGAGAGC